AGGAACAACCUCGGCUUACGCGAACGCCCACAAGAUCGCAAGUCCACACAACAACAACACGCGGACGCAGAGCCUAGCUACAAAACACACGGUUCAACCUCAGGCCUUAGCACUAAUCAAGUAGAAGCUGAGUUGUGGCCGUGAACAAAGAGUAACUCUAUAUUUUGUAGGCUAGUAAAUUUCUAAAAAUGAAGCUAGAAGUUAGAAAUAAGAAGAAAUCAGCAGCACCUUCAGUAAAGACAGUGGGGAUCAAGAAGAAGGCCUCUUCCCCUUCAGUAAAGACAGUGGGGAUCAAGAAGAAGGCCUCUUCCCCUUCUGUAAAGACAGUGGGGAUCAAGAAGAAGGCCUCUUCCCCUUCAGUAAAGACAGUGGGGAUCAAGAAGAAGGCCUCUUCCCCUUCAGUAAAGACAGUGGGGAUCAAGAAGAAGGCCUCAGCCCCUUCAGGAGUUGCAAAAAAGGUGAAGAAGGCAACCACUACAGAGAAGGUGAAGAAGGCCAUUACAAAGGAGGUGGAGGUCAAGAAGGUAAAGAAGGCCAACCCCUCUCCAGGAGGUAAGAAAAAAGCUGCUGUAGGGUCAGCAGCGAAGGUGGAUAACAAGAAGAAGGCAAACAAGAAAGCCAAUGUUGCUUCAGGAAAGACUAAAGAGACAGCAGGUGAUGCAGUCUCCAUGGGGAAAGCAGGAAUCAAGAGGAAGCAGGAGGUGAAGGAAAACAGCAGUGUAGAUGUAGGAGAAAAGAAGAAGGUUAGGAGGAGAAUCCAGCCUGGAAAGAAAGGAAACAUGGCAGGGCCUAAUCUGAUAAACCUACAAGGAAAACUCUCUGAAAUCUUCUGGAAUCGAAGCUUAGAAGUCAAGGCUCGAACCCUUAUUGUGGCAAUGAAAAACUUUACUGUCGACCAAAGCUCAGACCCAGUUUUUGAGAGCGCACAUCGGAUCCAAACAAAUAAACUGAAAAAAAUUAUAUUUUUGGAAUAUAAGACAAAGGCAGAGGCAAAGGAAAUGAAGAUUGUCUUACAAAAGAACAAUCUGAUCAAAUAUGCAAAAUUCAUGAACAGGGUAAGCAAAGAAUUGAAGAGACCUGAUGUCAUUCUGGUACACCCCAAAAGGUUGUACAUUGGAAAUGUGCCAAGUGAGGUGAGAGCCGCAGACCUGAAGAUGAAGUUCCCAACAGCUCUUUCUGUUAUUGUCACUCAUAGUAAAGGCAAGGCAAAAUUGAUCUUCAAAACCAGGAAAGAUGCAAGAGAGGCCUUUGAAGCAUCCUCCAGUGUCUGGUUCAAUGGUGUGAAGUUGACUGUCCUGUACCUCGUGCCUCAAAGGAAGCCUGGAGGAACCAAGAAAAAGAGCACUAAAAAGAACACAGAGGGACCAGCCAAGAAAAAUGUGAAGAGGAAUGACACCAGUCCCAAGAAGAAAAUGAAAACUCAAACAAAACAGUAAUUGUUAAAUAGUAGGAUGUUUUCUUUUUUUUUCUUACAAUUCUGUAUUUUCCGGAAUAAAAAUACAAAAAGUAAAA